UUUCAAUCUGCUAACAAGUGUUUUUAUCAAUUUAAUAUUAUAGACAAUAUUAUUUAAAAUGGGUGAUUUUAUAGCAAACAAUAACAAUUGUGGACAAAAUUUAUUACGACUUGUUUCAAGAGGAAAUGCAAUACUUGCAGAAUUAAUGAGACUCAAAGAAUAUGUUCCUCCAGUUUUCAGACUCGAUUCAAAACAACAUACUCAAAAAUACAAUUCAAUUAUAUUGGAUUUUGCUUAUUUCAAAGCAGCAAAUAUACAUGAACAAAAAAUAGAAAAUGAUCCAAUACUUCAAGAACGUGAUGAAAAUUUACGUGAAAAUUAUUCAGAUGUUUUAACACGUUUUUAUCUUGCAUUUGAAAGUAUCCAUAAAUACAUAACUGAAUUAAAUAGUUAUGUUGAUGAUUUAGAGGAUAAUGUUUAUAUUCAACAAUCACUUGAAACUGUCAUGUUGAAUGAUGAAGGAAAACAAUUACUAUGUGAAGCAUUAUAUCUUUAUGGUGUAAUGCUUCUUCUUGUUGAUCAUCAAUUUGAAGGUCAAAUACGUGAAAGAUUAAUAGUAUCUUAUUAUCGUUAUAAUGCCCAACGUUCAUCAUCAACACAAGUUGAUGAAAUAUGUUUACUUUUACGUUCAACUGGUUUUUCAAAAACAUCACAAAAACGUCCACCAAAUUAUCCAGAUGAUUACUUUAAACGUGUACCAAUUAAAACAAAUUUUAUUGAUUUAUUAAUUGGCAAAUUGAGAUCAGAUGAAAUAUAUAAUCAAACAAUUGCAUUUCCAAAUCCAGAAAAUCGUAGUAUUGCUUCAGCAAAUCAAGCUUCAAUGCUUGUUAUAAUAUUAUCAUUUCAACCAUCAAUAUUAAAUAAUAGCUCAGCAAUAAUGCGUGAAAUUGUUGAUAGAUUUUUUCCUGAUAAUUGGGUUAUAAGUAUUUACAUGGGAAUUGUUAUUAAUCUUUAUGAUUGGUGGUUACCAUAUAAAUCAGCUAAAAUAGCAUUAAAUAAUACACUUGAUAUAACAAAUAUAAAAUUAUUAUCUAAAAAAUAUGGUGAUAAACUUGAUAAAUUAAUAAUUGAUUGUGAAAAAUUACAACUUGCUGUUACACUUGAUGAAAAUGAAAUUGAAACAAUUAUUAAAUUAAUACGUGAAACAAAUAUUUGUUUACAUUGGAUAUUAUUACAUACAACAAUACCAACAAUAUUACAAGAUGAAACAAAACGUUCACGUCAAUUACGUCAACAAAUAAUAAAUGAUACAAAAUAUAAUUCAAUUAAUUGUUUACGUUUAUUAUUAUCAACAGCUAAAAUUGAACAAGAUUUAAAAUUAAUGUAUAAAAAUUUAUUAUUAGAUAAAGAUAAUAAAUGGUUAGAUAAUAAAAUUAAAUGUGUUAAUAAAAUUAAUGAAUUAUCAGAUGUAUUUGGUGGUAAAAAAAAAAUUGUUGGUAUUGAAAUAAAUGAUUGUCUUGAAAAUUGGUUUAAAAAAAUAAGUGGACAUGUUGAAUCACUUGUUGAAGAUGAUAGUAGAAAAAUUGUACAAUUAUUACAAGCACUUGAAGAAGUACAAGAAUUUCAUCAACUUGAACAUAAUUUACAAGUAACACAAUGUAUUAAUGAAACACGUGAUAUCCUACUUGGUAUGUUAAAUACAACAAAUAUCAAUGAAACAACAAUAAUAUCAAUAAAUAUUAUGACUGAUUGUUGUUAUGCAUGGAAUAUAAUGGAAACAUUUAUUGAUACAAUGCAAAAUACAAUUAAAACAAAUCCACCAACAGUUAUUAAAUUAAAAGCAUUAUUUUUAAAAAUGUCAUCAGCACUUGAAACACCAUUAUUACGUAUUAAUCAAGCUAAAAGUCCUGAUUUAAUAUCAGUAUCACAAUAUUAUAGUCGUGAAUUAGAAAGUUAUGCUAGAAGAGUAUUACAAAUAAUACCAGAAACUGUAUUUGGUUUACUUGCUAAAAUUGUUAAUCUUGAAACAAAUAUAUUUAAAGAAAUACCAACAAAAUUAUAUAAAGAUAAACUUAAAGAUUAUGCACAGUUAAAUGAAAGAUUAGAAAUGGCUAAAUUAACAUAUUCAGUAUCUGUAUUUACAAAUGGUGUAUUGUCAUUGAGAAGUGUAUCACUUGGUAUAUUACGUGUUGAUUCAACAAGACUACUAGAAGAUGGUAUACGUCAAGAACUUGUUAAAAAAAUUACUCAAUCAUUACAUAAUAAUUUAACAUUUGAUAGUAAAAAUAAAUAUAAUUUAAUUGAUAAAUUAAAUUAUUUAACAAUUAUCAUGGAUGGUUAUCGUAAAGCAUUUCAAUAUAUACAAGAUUAUAUUAAUAUAAAUAGUUUAAAAAUUUGGCAUGAAGAAGUUACGUAUAUUAUUAAUAUUGCACUUGAAGAUGAGCUUAAAAAUUCAACUUGGAUACCUGGUAAAAGUUUAAAAAAUUUAUUAAUAAAUAAUACAAAUAAAAAUGAUGUUACAUUUAUUGAUAAUAGCAGCAGUAGCAUCACUAACAGCAGCAACAAUAAUGGUGAUACAUUUCUUGGUAGACUUGCUAAAGAAUUAAUUAAAAUAACAGAUCCAAAAUUAACAAUUUACAUUGAACACACAUUGGCAUGGUAUGAUUUAAAAAAUCAAAAUGAGCUAUUAAAUCAUAAAAUAUUUUCAAUAAUAUUACGAGCAAUGGGAACACCUGGUUUAUAUGGUCUUGAUAAAUUACUAUCACAUUAUAUUAAUCAAGAAUUAAAUAAUAUUUAUAAACACAUUGAUUUAUUUAAUAAAGAUAAAAAUUUAAAAAUUAUUAUUGAUGAAAGUUUAGCUGUUAUAAAUAAUACCGAUUAUUAUAAAAUAAAUCCAGGUAAAUUGUGUAAUAAUUUAAUUAAUUAUGGUGGUAAAUUAUGGCAGUCAAUGAUUGAUUGUUUAUUAAAAAUUGGUAAUUAUCAAUUAUUAAGAAGUAAUAUAUCAUAUGAAUUAAAUACUGCUUGUAAAUUUGAAGCUAAACAUAUGGAAGCAUCAUUGAGAACUUUUAAUAAUGCAUUAUUAAAUGAAUUAAAAAAAAAAAAAUAUAAUCAACAUAUUAAUGAUGAUGAAAAUCAAUUAAUUAGAGAACUAAGUGUUCGUCUUGAAUGGACUGGUAUUAAUGAUCCAUUAAAUAAAAAAUUUAUACAAUUUUUAAAUUAUCAUAAUUUUGAUUGUAUUUUAUUUUUAUUUACAAUUUAUCAUCUUCAUAAAUUAUAUUACUGCAAAAAUACAGCAAGUCUUUUGAGUAAAAAAAUACAAGAUCCAAUUGAUUCAAUUGUAUUUACCAUUGGCAUACAUACACUUUUGCGUCAAUUUCCAACUGAUAUUUUUGAUAAAUACAUAAGUUUAUUAUGUGAUUAUGUAUUGACAUUUGUAUCAUCAGAAAGUGGAAAAAUUGGAAAUGAUUUCGAAACAGAAGCAACAACAAUUAUUUACUAUCUACAAUUAAUUUCGAAAUACUCAAACAUAGAAAAAUUAAAAAUAUUAAAAAAUAUACCAGCAAUUGUUAUUGAUCAAUAUAAAAAAAUAAUUAAAUAAUGAAAAAAGAUAUUCUUUAUAUAAUUGUUUUUUUAUAGUUGAAAUUAAUAGUAAGUGCUUAUAUUGAGAUCGAUGAUUGAAGAGUAUAUUAAAGGAAAGUAGAGUAUCAAUAUGGUAUAUUGUUAAUAUGUAUAUAUAAUGUAAGUGAUGCGUCGACGACAAAUUGCAUUAGAUUUGUAUAUCUUUUAGUGGUAAAAUAGUGGAAGGAUGUCACUUGAGGAGAAUAUAUAUAUUUUAACCGUAACAAACAACGCCGUCAGGGGUAUAUCAUAGUCAGUAUAUAUAUAUUUAUCAUACAAAAACAACGUAUCAGUUAAAAUUUUACUUCAGUUGACAAAAAACAUGUCACGAUAGUACUUGUUGCAUUAUUUAUACUGUGAAAUAUUAAGAAAUAUAUUU